AUCAGUGUGACAGUGUAGCAAGAUGUUGCGAUUGGUGCUGUUGUCAGCUCUGUUGGUGUGUGCGAGGGCCCAGAGCACUGCUGUCUCAAGAUGCGUGAACAACGCAGGGGAUCUGCCCAUCAACACGCAAGUGUCGGGCUGCGUCACGCCGCCUUGCCAGCUGCCGCAGCUGACCAUGGCUGAGAUCGACAUCAUCUUCCGAGCUCCCCGCACCAUCCGCUCAAUGGGAACCUUCGCUCGCGCCUCGCUCCUGCUGGGCAGCUUCGAGGCUCCAGCCAUAUCCUACCCCCUGGGCGCAGCGGAGAUCACCUGCGACUACAUCACCAACACCUACUGCCCCCUGAUGGAAGGCGAGGUGGUGCAGUACCGGCUAAACAUGUUUAUCGAGGCCUUCUUCCCUAUUGGCACCAACGCCAACGUGGAGUUCUUCGCGGCGGACGAGAACUCCCAGCCGGUGUUCUGUCUGCGCAUGGCCAUCGGCAUCAUCAGGGGGGUGGACGCUCUGGCCGGUGCCGUCAACGGUACAUCCGAUAGGAUAUGA